GUGGUGGUGGUGGCACUGCAGGCGAGCUGAGCUUGGCGGCCCGGUUAUGGGUUUAAGGAAAAGAAGGGAUACUUUGGAAUCCAGUCACCGUUUGUUGAUUGUGUGGGAGAUGGGAGGAUUUCGUGGCGUUUCCUUGGGCAAGUGAAAUUGCUAAUAUCAGGCGCAGUCAGCAAAGAGGUUUACUGAGGUUGCAGAUGGGGUGAGGUCUGCAGGAGUGAUGCUUGGGCGCCAUCAGAAACUAUUUGGGCUGAUGAACCGAUGUGCUUUCCAGUACAUGAAGGGAACUUACAGGAAAGAUGGGGCAAGGCUGUUUACAAGAGAAUGUAGUGAGAGGACAAGGGGGAACAGGUUCAAAUUGAAAGGGAGUGCAUUUAGCUUAGAUGUUAGGAAAAAAUCUUCACUCUGGUUGGUGGGAUAUUGGAACAGGUUGCCCAGAGAGCUGUGGAUGCCCCAUCGCUGGAGGUGUUCAAGGCCAGUUUGGAUGGGGCUCUGAGCAGCCUGGUCCAGUGGAAGGUGUCCCUGCCCAUGACAAGCGUUGGAACAAAAUUAUGUGUGUGGUCCCUUCCAAGCCAAAUCAUUCUAUGAUUCCAUGUUGGAGGAUGUGAAAGCAAACACGGGGUAAAGGAAACGUUUAGAAGUAAUCGUGCUGGUCAGUGUUGAUAGAAGAGAUAAUACCAUUCAGAUAUAGGAAAUAAACGUGACAGAAUUAUGUAGGAUGUGAAUGAUGUGAUGGACUGUAAAAUAGCAGGAAGAGACUGUGGAUAAAGAAAAACAGUCAAGCGUAUCAUUGCUUUGAGACAAGAAAAUUAUAAGAGCUUUUGAUGGUGUCUGCUAUCAACCACAGGAGUUGGAUUUGUGUAAGAAUAUUGCUUACUGGGAGAUACUGUCAGGAAUUUUGUCACAGAUGGAUUUAUUUCUUAGACUGUAGAAUCACAGAGUGGUGUGUAUUGGAAGGGACCUUAAAGAUCAUCUGGUUCCAGCCUCCCUGCCAUGGGCAGGAAUACCAUUCACUAGACCAGGUUGCCCCUGGCCCCAUCCAGUGGCCUCGGACACUGCCAGGGAUGAGGCAUCCACACCUUUUCUUAGCAAACUGUUAGUGCCCUCACCACCAUCUGAAUAAAGAAUUUCUUCCUGGGAUCUGAUCUGAUUCUGUCCUCUUGCAGUUUAAAUCCAUUCUCCCUUGUUCAAUCACUAUCUGCCUGUUUAAAAAGUUACCCUCCAUCCUUUUUAUAAGCCUCCUUUAAGUACUGAAAGGCCACAGCGAGGUCUCCCUGGAGCCUCUUCUUCUCCAGGCUGAGGAGCCAAGCGAUGCAGAUGAUGGCAUCAUUUAGACACAUAGUGAUCCAGAUGAUCUUACACACGGCUGCUGUAAGCUUGCCCAGUAAGCACUGAAUUGCCUUAGACUUGCUCUCAGGUAAGCAGUGUGAAAAUUCUGGAAAAGGGUGGUUCGUUAAUCAGCUUGUGAUCUUGGAUCACAUUUUAAAUUAGAUUAAAUAAAUAGAAAUAAAAUAGGUGACUAAACAGGUUUGAAAUUCUUCAUUUUUGAAACUUGGAAAAAUCAAGAGGGUUAAUUAGUGAUGUUGUUUGUACAGGAGUCCUGAGGGCCCUAGAAAGAAAAGAGGGUAUAAAGCUGUUUUAUGCUGAAGGUAGAAUCCAUCUGGAAUUUAUGUCCAAAAAAUUUUUAAGAAGGUUGUUGAAAACAGCUUCUAACCAUCAAAAAGGAUUUUAGGAAUAAAGACUAGAAAAAGGGUAGUUAAGCAAAGUGAAGAGGUAAAGUACCAGUUCAACAGUAAGAAUUGCAAAAGAAUAGCAAAAGUAAUUCUGAGUUAGUUACAGACAAUUGUUUUUGUAAGUUUCUUUAAUCAUGUAAGUGAAAACAGUAAUAGAAGUAAGACCACUGAGUGAUCAAUUUGAGGUAAAAUGGCCUUGGCAUCAUGAUGCGUAUCAUCUGUUGCAGUGUGGAGGAGGCUACUGCAGUGGAUAUACUUAAUGUUAGAUGCUCCAACUUUUGCCUUGAAAGAAUAACAUUUUGUCUCUUAAUUAUUUUUUAAGGGUUGAGAAACCUCUGUUUGUUGUGUCUGAUGCUGUUAUGCUCUUGCCACGUAAUGUCCAGUAGUUCCAGUAUCAGAAGACUGGAACAGUACAUUUGGGUAUUUAACAGUAUCAUUUAUUGGUAGAGGAAGUGGAGUAACUUUCCUUCCUCAUGCACAUUCUAUUUUCUGUUUUUUCUCUCUCCUAUAACAUGCAGUAUCUUCUUAGGCAGACAGCAUUAAGAGAAUUAAUAAAAUGAAUAAAAUUCUUAGCUCCAGUUGAUGGAUUUACCUAGGUAAAUUCUGGCUUUGUCAGGUGUAGGUACGUGUAGGUACAAUGCCACCUGACAUCUGAAGCUGGUACAUGGUUUAUCCUGAACAACUGACCUGUUGGUCCUUCUUAAGUUCUUAAAGCUUUAAUAUUUUCUGUACUGCAGUUCCUUAACCUUAUUUUUUAGAAAAAAAAAAAAAAAGGCUAUUUAUUUUGCAUAUUUACUGCAUUAUUCUGGGUGGUUUUUGUCUGUUGCAUGGUCAAUAUUUUUAAGAAAGUUUUUUUUUUCUUAAACUGAAUCUUUGGAUUAAUUUUGUUUCCCUAAAGCUGGUUCCUUGACCUCUCAUAUUGGAAGCUCAAAAUCAAGAUAAGUUAUCAAUUCUACCAAAUCAGUUGCAUAGUAAAUGAAGUUUUAUGUAGAAUAUAAAGUAGGCAAGAGCCAACAGUUGCAUCAGUUGUAUUUUAUUAUGUUUGUGUUUCUGUAUGGAAUACAGGAACUGAAGUGUAUUUUGAGUUUGGGUAACAAUUCAGCAAAAAGAAGGAACUUUUCAAGUUAAUUUUCUGAUAAUCUUGGGUUAGCCAUAUCAAAAUUGUGAACAGAUGUUUUUCUUUAGCACCUCAGGUUAGAUUUAGGUUACAUUAGGUUAGAUUUUGAUACAGGAAUGGCAUCUUGUUCCCAAGAGACUGGAAUUCCCAAAAGGUUUGCUUAUUUUAACACAUCUCAGGGUCUAGAGAUAAUGCUCAUUAUGUUUUUUUCCUUUUCCUCAAGUCACUUUUUAUGUGAAAGUGACUCCAGCAUCUUCCUAUAAUACUUUUUAGCACUUAAAAUAGUUCCAUGAUCAGAAACACUUGUCUUCAAAAGAUACUUUUGCAUGUGUAGAAGGAAGUGUAAAUACUUUUAAGUGAAAAUGUGUUUUGAUUGACAUUUUCUUAUCAGGCUUUUUAGCUGCUGACUUUGACAUUUCAGUAAGUCCACUGGAGCUUAAUUUUUAGUAAAUACUACUGUUUUCUUGUCUUUGUAUUUCUGUCUUUUAUUUGUUUGUUAUAUAGCUUCUCUUUCUUAGUAGUUGCCAGCUUCUUUCUUCAAAUAUUCUUCUUUUAAAGUCAAGUAGGUAGCUAGCCAAAGGCAUGGGAUUAUUUUUUCCAGAUUGACUCUAGGGUUUGUAGAAUGAGAAAAGAAUUUGGGAUUAUUUUUUAAUUUCUGAUUUCUGCUUUAAAUAUUUUCUUUCUGGUGGGUGAUGAUGAUUUUUUCCAGUUGCUUCCUCUCUUGUUGCUGGCUGGUCGAGAGUCCACCAUUCUACAUCAACGAUCGUGAUAGACAUUUCUAAAGGGGAAAAAGUAACUGGAAUAGGAAUGAGGAAAAUAAAUAGACGUAAUAGGAGCACUUGUCUUACCAUCACUUAGUAUAUGGAUUUUGCAUGUGAACCUCUGGAAACUUCAGUGGGGUCGUGCUGGAUGUCCAUUCCUGGAGCCAACAGGUGGAGCUGGAUGUCAUGCCAAUAGACAGGUGGUGUCUGACAAGAUGCUUGGCUGAAGUUUUGCUUCUGGAGAUGGAGUCAAUAAAGAGUUUCUUGGAUAUAGCCUCUAAACUGUGUGUUGAUUUGCUUGUCUAUUGAGUAGGCAUACAGUGGAACUUGCAUCAGGAGCAAAGAAUUCACAGUCUGGUGUCAUGGAGCAAGAAAGGAAGGAGAGAAGAUUAUAUUUUAGUUGGAGUUUGAAAUUUUCCAAACAACCACUCACUGUUUGUCAUGGUCUGCAAAUUCUUGAUAAUGGAAAAUCCCACAUCAGUGGAAGAAUGAAUGAUAAACUGAGUUCUGUCAAUUUAUUGUCAGCACUGGCAUUUCACUGUACAUGAAGAAAGAAGGGGGACACAAGCACAAAUCCAUAUGGAGGAUGAACCUCCUCCUCAAGGAGUCAGUGCCAAGGCCCUGGAGGCAACACUCUUGUCAGCCCUGAAGAUGCUGGAUGUUGGGAAAUGGCCGAUUUUUUCUCUCUGUUCCCCAGAAGAGAUCAAGUUAAUUCGUCAAGCCUGUGUAUUUGGCAGUGCUGGUAAUGAAGUGUUGUAUGCAACUGAAAAUGAUGAGGUUUUUGUGCUUGGCAUGAACUGCAGUGGCUGUUUGGGAACAGGAGACAUGCAGAGCACUAUAGAACCAAGGAGGUUAGAUUCCCUCUGUGGCAAAAAGAUAGCCUGCCUGAGUUAUGGAAGUGGCCCUCAUGUUGUUCUUGCUACAGAAGAAGGAGAAGUGUAUACAUGGGGUCAUAACGCUUACAGUCAGCUGGGCAAUGGUACAACAAAUCAUGGCUUUGUUCCCUGUCAAGUCUCCACUAACUUGGUGAACAAGAAGGUCAUUGAGGUUGCCUGUGGCUCUCACCACUCCAUGGUGUUAACCUCUGAUGGAGAGGUAUACACAUGGGGUUAUAAUAACUCGGGCCAGGUUGGAUCUGGUUCAACAGCAAAUCAACCAAUUCCUCGAAGAGUUACCAGCUGCCUACAAAAUAAAAUAGUUGUUAAUAUAGCUUGUGGACAGAUGUGCUCUAUGGCUGUGGUGGAAAAUGGAGAGGUCUAUGUCUGGGGGUACAAUGGGAAUGGCCAGCUGGGGCUGGGCAGCAGCGGCAACCAGCCCACGCCGUGCCGGAUCGCAGCCCUGCAGGGCAUUCGUGUGCAGCGGGUUGCCUGUGGCUAUGCACAUACAUUAGUGCUAACAGAUGAAGGUCAGAUAUAUGCCUGGGGAGCCAAUUCAUACGGCCAGUUAGGUACUGGGAAUAAAAGUAACCAGUCUUACCCUACAACAGUUAUUGUGGAUAAGGACAGAGUUAUCGAGAUCGCCGCCUGCCACUCGGCGCACACGUCGGCGGCCAAGACGCAGAGUGGCCAGGUGUACAUGUGGGGCCAGUGCCGGGGGCAGUCCGUGACCUUCCCCCACCUCACCCACUUUGCCUGCACUGACGAUGUGUUCGCCUGCUUCGCCACCCCGGCUGUCAUGUGGCGCCUGCUCUCCGUAGAGCCUGAUGACCAUCUAACUGUAGCCCAGUCACUAAAGAAGGAAUUUGACAACCCUGAAACUGCAGACCUGAAGUUCCUAGUGGAUGGAAAAUACAUUCACGUUCAUAAAGUUCUUCUUAAAAUUAGGUGUGAACAUUUUCGCUCCAUACUCAAUAAUGAGGAUGAAAUUAUAGAAAUGAGUGAAUUUUCUUAUCCUGUUUACCGAGCCUUCCUGGAAUAUCUGUAUACAGACAACAUUAGGCUCCCUCCUGAAGAUGCAAUAGGGCUGCUAGAUUUGGCAACAUUGUAUAGAGAAAACAGACUGAAAAAGCUUUGCCAGCAAACAAUCAAGCAAGGCAUUUGUGAAGAGAAUGCCAUUGCUCUCCUCUCUGCCGCUGUCAAGUAUGAAGCUCAGGACUUGGAAGAAUUUUGCUUCAGAUUUUGCAUAAACCAUUUGACUGUUGUUACACAAACUCAAGGCUUUGCAGACAUGGACCAUGAUCUCCUGAAAAACUUCAUUAGCAAAGCCAGCAGAGUGGGAGCAUUCCGAAACUGAGGUCUGACUACUACCAAGCUGAAGAGCACAUCCUCUUCCCUUCUGGAAAUACUUCUCCUUUGGAGAAUUCCUCCGUGGUCAGAAUGUGCAAUGGUUUGGAAGGAUAGUCUCGGUGUCCAUCAGCUAGGGAGUGAGUAGAAGUCUACUAACAUGUAGGCUUUGUUGUAAGGAUGGCUACAGUGUAGGUGUGUGGUGACUGUUCAUUGCCAACAGCCAGAAUUUAACACAAAAAUCUAAUGCAGUUACUACCCUUUCCCACCCAAAGUCAAGCAAACUAAGCUAGUCAUUAUCUAGUCUGUCUCAUUUUUAAUUUUUUUUAAAACAGUCUGUCUUUGGAUUUUAUGGGACAGUGACCUCUUUGCUGCUAAAAACUUUCACAGUGUAUUUUUGUCUCAAAACUCAGUUAGUAUGCCAUAAUGGGCUUCUUUUUAUAAUCUAGUGAAGAUUCAAACUUGUUUUUCUGGACAUAUGGUAAAGUACCAUAAGUUCUUUAGGAUGAGAAGCUUUCUGGUUUGUAGGAGGGUAUGUCUCACUUGUUGUUUAUUUGCAGUUAAUUUAUGAGGAGCUUCAGCGGGAUGUUACAGUUUUGAGUUCCCAGCACUCGUCUCAUUGCUUAGCCAGAAUGAAAAGGAUCUCCCUUUCCAUUACACUAGGCAUGUCCCUGGCACCCCAGUGGAAGCACUCACUAGGUUUGUCUGGAUGUGAAUUGUCAUGCUAUGAGUUUUACUGCUAAGAAAACCACCUAGUUACAAACCCAAACAAGCCUUUAAGAAAAGGAAGUUCUGCUUGAGGCUUAUUUAUUCCUGUUUUACUGUCUCUCCUCAGACCCAUCAACUUCAGAAAAAUGGAGAAAGAGGUGAUUUUGAAGUGGUAACUUCAAAUCAAUUAAAUUUUAAGAGUGAACUGACACUAAAUUCCAAAUGGUGAUAAAGGUAUCUUGUCCAAAUAGGGCAUUUCAGAUUCUCCUGUGGUCAGAGCUCUCAGGUGACCACUCCACUUCCCUUUCAAGGCUGUUCAGGAGAGAGGAGAUGCCCUCUGGACAUGCCUCUCUGCCAGCACUGAUCAUCGGUGGCUAAGGUAGAGUAGAUGCUUCAUUCCUAACUGGCUGAAGGGAAUUAAGUUGAAAAACCCACCCAGUGUUGCAGAGAGAGGUUUGCCCCAUUACAGAAGAUGUGGAGCUUAUGGAGCAUUUACUUGAAUUUUCUAACAGGUAACUAUGAAUUAACCCUGAGAAUUUCAGAUUUUGAUUGAGUGAAGUGACGUCAAGUGCCUUUUGCAGUAUUUUAUGAAUGGGUAAGACAAAAAGCUGGAGGACCAGGCUCAGUACACCUGCCUUCCUGCAGGUUCUUGCUGUGCCCGCAGCAUCCUUCGACGACGUUUUCUAAUCCUCAGAUGUGGUUUCUAAGAAUUAAAUUACCACAUCUUCAUGUCUAAGAUAGAAAUAGCUGUUCUUUACUGUAUUGGAGGCUCAUUUAUCAAACAAUCUUGUUCUUUGAGGAAGAGUAGGAAGAAAAAGAGGAAGUGGAAUAGUGUACCCCCUUCACCCCAGGCCCUGUGUGUGUGAGUGGAAAGGUGAAGCACACAGGUAGCAGAAUUUACUUAGGAAGGAAGAGGGUGAUGAGCAAGUGUUUUAGAAAAUGCUGUGGUAAAUAUUUACUUGCAUUUGAGACUUUUGCCUCAGACCCUCACUACAAAUAGACUGGAUUAUCUACUGCUAACAAGCACAUUCUGCCACCCCCUCAGUGAUGAGUAGGAUUUCCUCCAGCAGUGUUGAGUUUGUUCUUAGCAGCUGUGUCAGUAUUUUGUAUUCAAACAGAAGUGGUCUAAACCUUUCCAAUUCACAAUGCAAAUUCAUCAAAAACACAGCUUUGCUGGGGGAGGAGAUCAGUUUUGUUAAGUUUGUGUUGACACCAGCACACAGACAGAGGUUACUGCAGACAGUGAAAUGGUGUCACCACACCAUUUACUGGGCAUUUACCAUUUACUGGGCACAAUUUUACUGCCAACCCUGUGUGCUCUAGCCCAGAACUGAUCAUACCAGUAUGGGCACAAGGGAUUCCAUGUAAGCUAAGGCUGCAUAUCCCUGGCUAAGCUUGAGAUGCCAGAUUCACGUGCCAGCACUGCCUUCAGGGUCACAGUGCACAGAACGAGGGCAUACACCCAUGUCCCAGCCUUGGGGCAGCAGCUGGCACCUGCCCCUGUCCCACCCGCCCCGAUGGCAUCACACUGGCACACAUCCACUCUCACUGGAAAAGGAACCAGCUGGGCACCUCCAGCCCUGGUGCUGGCUUGGCAGUGGUCACUCCAGCUUUCCUAAGGUGUGGAUUAUGAAAGGUCUCUCCACACCUUUCUGUUGUUUUACGCAGGAGAAUCAAACAAAAAACUAUAAACAUAAAAUGAUGGGGUUUUUUUUGACUCAACAUCUGAUCAGAAACCUUCUCUUGCUCUCUGGGGCCACUACUGCAUGGAAUGAUAGCACUGGAGAGGGACAGCACUCUCCUCCAUUAGCUCAAGUUCAUAACAAAGUAGUUGAACAGAGAUUGCAGCUGAAGUGGCAUGCUGCUUGGAACAAGACAUUUUUUAAUAGAAGAAAGUGUCAUUUUUUUUUCCAGUUUACUUUUUUCCUGCUCAUUAUUUCCAGCCAACCAUUAAACACAUUAAAGCCUACUUGCAAUUUCAGAAUAAUUGACAAAGCCUGUAAUUUUGAGAAAAAGCAUCUCUGCACUAAAUGAGAGUGAUUCUAAAGGUCCAAUGUGUCAGUGUUGGCUUUUAUUCUGUGUCAUCUGACCUGGAUGUGGUAGUGUUACAUUCAUAGAACCAUUUAUUUAUUUAAUUUUUUAAAUUUUCAUUGCAUGUGUUCAAAGAAAAACCACCCUUACUGGCUUAGGUGUUUAAAUGUGGGUGCAUGGAUGUAAAUAUGUGCUUGAAACCCAACAAUGGGACAUUUCAGAAGAAAUUAGGGAUAGAUUUUACUGUGGUGAGAUAGACUGCAACAACCUUGUGUUUGCGUAUGUUGUAGGUUAAAUACUUUAUAAAGUAUUGUUCUGUUUUAGGAUACCACAGAAAAAAGGUAUUUAUUAAAAAGUGAAAGUUUGGUCAAACAGAAAUUCUGUCUGGGGUUUAAAUAGAAAGCAAUGUUCCACGUUCCAGAAAAGGAGUCUGAAAAUAAAAAAGAAAUUACAUGGGUAGGAUCAUUUGAAGGGUCUCCUAAGUUACUGAAGCUAAAAGCCAGCACUGCCUUGUCAUCUAGUAUCCACCUGUAGAGUUCUGUUACAAUGCUUGGUAACUAUGUAAGCUGCUGUUUUUAUAUGAUCUGAACACUUUCCAUGGGCUUUCCUUGUAAAAAAAACAAAACAUUUGUUUGCCCCAGAGAGGCAGGAUUCAUUGGCCACCACCCAAUGAUGUAGAAAGUUUACAGAAAGUUUACAGCCUGAUUUUACAUAAAUGAUUUUUUUGUUCUAUAUAAGCUUACCUGGUUUAAUAGACCAUUAAUAAAAAUGCCAUAUUUAAAACA